UAGGCGUGCUCUCCGCUGCUUCUUUUUACAGCCUCUUUGCCUUCAGUUUGAAAGUCAAAAACGCUGCUUCCCAAAUCUCCAAACGCAGAAGGUGUUGUUGGCCCGGGGGACCACAUCUCCGGCCAUGGCAUCUUCCGAAGUCAGCAUGCACGUGGAGGAGGUUGUCGUUGUGACGACACCCGACACAGCGGUGGAUGCUGCAGUCGUGGAGGAGGUGAAGACCAUGCUGGUCACCACAGAUCUGGCCCACCAGGGGGAAGAGAUGACAGAGGAGAGCAUGGAACAUGAAACCGAGACCACCACAUUUACAGCUACCCCCAUCCUGGAGAAAGAAGCAGUCAUAGCAAUGAAGCUGUCUGAAGAAGUGGAGAAUUUGGACGCAGAGAUCAUUUAUCCCAUAACAUGUGGAGACAGCAAAGCUGCGUUGAUUUGGAAGAAGUUUGUUUGUCCUGGGAUUAACAUCAAAUGUGUUCAGUAUAAUGACAUCCUUAUUAGUCCGAAGGAGUUUGUUCAUUUGGCUGGAAAGUCAACGCUGAAGGACUGGAAGAGAGCAAUUCGAUUGAAUGGCAUCAUGUUGAGGAAAAUAAUGGAUUCUGGUGAGCUGGACUUCUAUCAGCACUCCAAGGUGUGCUCCAACACCUGCCGCAGCACCAAGAUCGAUCUGGUGGGCAACAGGGCGUCCUUCAGCAGCCAGCAGUCCACAGAGUUUAACCCUGUCACUCCGUCAUCGGCCGACGUGAACGGGUCACCAGCCAUAUUCACAGUGGAAUCCACAGAGGACGGUACAGAGUGGGUGACGACGAUAGGAGAGGACACAGUGGCUUUCUGGAGAGAACUGAAGGCUGCAGGGCUCCUGGAGGACGUGGUUGAAGAGUUUCAGAAGGAAGUGAAGGAAACCUUGAAAGGACUGCAAGACCGCAUUCAGCAACCUCCACUGCAGGUCAACGAUGCGGUGCUGUUGAAUAACAUAGUUCAGAACUUCGGUAUGCUGGACCUGGUGAAAAAGGUCCUGGCGAGCCACAAAAGCCAGAUGGACCGAUACCGGGAACAGUACACACGAAGCUUAGUAGCCCUGGAGCAGCAGUGUGACGAACACCGCAAACGAGCCAAAGAGCUGAAGAGCAAAUCCCAGCACCUGAACAACGUCCUGAUGACCCUGGCGCCCGUCUCCACGCCCUCCACGCCCAAACGGCCCCGGCUGACUCGGGCCACCUCCGGCCCUGCCUCCGUGGCCGCCCACAUCUCCAGCCAGCCUGGCCAGAUCACCCUGGCCCCCGGGCUGCCCGUCACCCAGCUCACCAGUCUGCCCCUGGACAAGGUGGUGACAGCCAUCCAGGGCUCCAGCAUCGGCAGCUCCUCCCAGCACACCGCCACCUUCACCGCCACCGGCUCACCCCUCCUGGGGGGCUACACAGUGCUGGCCUCGCCGGGGGCAGCCAUCUCCAACGCGGUGGAGAUCCAGCCCGACGCCUCCAACCUCACCGUCCUCAGCUCGGCCGCCAUCCAGGACGGCGGCACCAUCGUCAAGGUAGUGAGCCCAUUCCAGCUGCUCACGCUGCCCGGGCUGGGAGCCACACUGCAGAACGUGGCCGGGGCCGGCGGCACCAUCGUCGCUGUGCCGACCAGCAACAUUGAGACGGUCGUGACACAGGCCGAGGAGACCGCGGUCAUCGAGGUGAAGGAGGUGGAUCAGAUGGUGGAAAAACAUUGAAAGAGGCAAUAAGAAGGCCAAUAAAAAAGCAAGGAUGCAAAUUGCGUUGCUUUGAAUAUUCAAAAAACACCAGCCUGCUUUGGAGUCAGAACCACCUGGAGUGUUUUACUUAGAUGUCUUGAUACCAAGCUUCUGAAGUGUUACCCUGCCAAUCCCAAGCUGGAAUGAGCAUUUCAUGUUUUUUUUUUUUUUUUUUUUUUAAUUUUACACCGUUUCGUUUCUCAUUUGUCAGGAUCAGGUGGACUGAAAUUGAUAGAAGUCACAAUGGGCACAUUGAUCAUGCAUAAGGGAUCUUUAGGUGGACCAGUUCAGUGAGCAGGCGAUGGCAUUACACAUGUGGGUUAUUAUUUUAAAGUCUUUAGUAUGAAACCAGUUCUGGCAGACACUCAUGUAAAAUUUAAACAUGUCUGCAGCAAUUUAGACAUCAUUAAAGUGUGGUGAAAUGAGAGACUAGAAGAUCUAAAAUCGUGAAGAUGACCAGAACAGGACACCGGUAUAUCAAGAUCCAGAAAUUACUUUUAUUUUCUUCCUUCAAAAUAUUUAUUGAAAUCAUGACAGUUCCAGGAUUUUUAUGCGAUACAGGGUAAAUUCCCAGUGUGGGAUAAGCAAGUGCGCACUGUCAGCUUAAAAUAUCCCAGCUUCCAGUGGAGGAUGUUGUGUAAAUAAAGAAAUGUGUUCAAAUGCAGUGCAGAGAGGUAGUGCUUGUGCCUUCACAUUUUUCGCAUUUAAAAAAAAAAAAAAAAAAAUCAUAUGGAGUCCUGAUGUAUGCAAAAUAUAUCAAAACAGUAUUUUUCUUCCUAUUUAAUGGCUUUGUUGAUAAGCUACAACAAAAUGAUAUGAAUGACAUAUGGAAUAUAGUUUUAUCUAUGUCGCCAUGGAGAUAUAUUGUCUUCGCUACAAUGUAAAUAGCAUUGCCUCCCUUACUUUUCUUCCAGGCUUCUUAACCCAAGAGAGUGGUUAAAUAUUUUUUUAAAUAUUACCAUAAAUUGAUACUAAUUUUCAGCCUGUCAGUGUGACAUACAUACUGUUUAUGUCUGGAAGACAUUUCACAUUAGCUGCCGAAGUCCUUCCCUGACACAUGCUGUUAAUUGCAUUAUGAAAACAA